UCCAGAAAACGGAACUCGGUAGCCUUGUCAACUCAACCUGUUUGUGUUGUGUUUUCACAACAACAAUGCCCGUAGAUAAAGCUUCUGUAUUGUAGUCAAGCACGGUUAGUUACAUAUAAACUAACCUGAUCAUCCGUGAUGUUAUCAUUUUGUCCGACUUGCCUUCUUGCAGUGUGUAACUACCACAUCUGUCUGUUGAAGUGGUAUGAGUGGUCCAAAGGUGACUUUCAUCGUCAUGUUAGGAACGGUAUUGACCCUGGUAACGUCUACCCACAACAGUGCCGUCGUCAGAGUCGAAGAGGACCGAGGUUGGUCGGACUGUAGCCAGCCAUGUGGUGUGGGUUUCAGUGCCAGGAUGGCACCGUGUGCUUACAGCCCGCCACAGCUGUGUGACGUCAUUCCAGCCAGCAAAUUGUGCUUCUGGUCACCCUGCACAAUGCUACAAGAAGUGCUAUUCAUUCCUGUGGGCUCUUUCGUGGCCUACCACAUGCCUACCAACGCUCCCAUCAUCCUUAGAGUUUACCUCAGAUUCAAGUGCUUUCAUAUCUCCCGACACCCCUUUCACCUAUUCGAUACAGCAGAAAAGAAUCAUGGGAGAUAUGUGUCUUUGAACUGGCUCUCCGGAAUUUUAGAAUUGGAAUUGGACAUAGGGACGGGACCACUUAAAAUUGAAAGCUCCAUGCUACAGAAAGGUGAAUGGCACAGCGUUUCAUUUACAAUAGAGCCAACCCAGGUCACCAUGAAGGUAGACCACUCCCUAACAACGCUGAAAGAGGAAGUGCGACACACACGUGACGAUAUCCGACUGAGGCAUGAUGGGUAUUUCUGGCUGGGGAGCAGAUAUGAAUCAGGUCCAGAAUGUGACGUAGCCAUGGUGAUGGUGAACGGAGAGCUGUACGACAUAGAGGCCGGAUCGGGUAGAACUAAAACGUCCCCCGAAGUGACGAGAGGAGUCCAGAUUGUAGACGACGAAGAUGGCGCCGAUCUGGCUGUCUUUCGCGGGGACCAGAUUCUCCCUCUCGGAGCGAUCAAACCUCGUUCCCAGGAUAACGACAUCCUUUUGAAAGUCAUCUUGUGCGUCAAACUGGUUGGGACACAUGGCUUGUUGUUCGCAGCCACCGAUUCGAAUCUCGCGUCCGCUGUGUUGUUGUCUUAUCAUGAUAACACAGUGGAAGGAAACGUACAAUUCCGAGGAAGGCAGGCCAGGAUGGAUGCACAGAGCCAACUCAUUCAUGAAAAUUCGGUGAUCGCUAUUGAGCUGCUGGUCACAAAACAGUACCUGGUCAUCCGGACACCAGAAGCGAUGUUUCAUACCAAGCACAACUUGCACCUAUCUUCGUCCGACCUCUCGUCCUUGACCGAAGUGCAUGUCGGCGGCACCCUGGUCGAGUCCGGCCUUCCCGAUGACAUCGCAAACAGAGGAAAGUUCGUCGGUGUAGUCUACGAGGUCUGGGUCAACGACAAGCACUACACUCUAACCACCAUGGACUUUGCUGACGUAAAAGCAUUGACGUAUCCUGUGGCGGUUAAAGUGUUGGAGAAACCUCUGGAGGAUCAGUUUGUUCUGAGUUGCCAUGACGACACAUCAACAAUGGACAUCUUAAUGAAUGCCCGCACGUGGAAACACAAUGGACAGGAAAUAACAAACACAAAACACGUGUUCGUGAAGAAUACAAGAGGUUUGGAAUCGGAAACGAUCUAUUCGCACCUCCACUUCACCAACUUCUCGCGGAGGGACAGCGGUCUGUACGUGUGUGAGGGGCAGCUGGCAGGGGUGGACAUCCCGCAGAAAGUCGUGCUGCUGAAAGUACACAUGCCGCCAAACUGGGCCUCAAUGAACGAAGACCAUGACAUGAUGUAUUUGAUCAUCUUCCUGGCCACUGUUAGUGGUGCCUUCCUUGUCGGACUGGUUUUCUGUCUCAUCUGGUGCGGUUGUCAAUCAAGAUGGCAACGACGGAGGAGACCGCCUUCCAUACCCCCCAAUCUACCCAAAGGAGUGAAGAAAACGACGUUCAAGAAGACCAUGAAUGAACUAAGGUCGAAGUUAAAAACCAUAAACCGCGUCAGACGAGAAAGCCGGAUCCACGAACUGGAGGAACACGAUCGCCUGAUUCCUUCUGAUGCUUCUGAGGGAGAAAAACAUGACCAAACGUUUGCGGAUUUUGAAGAUGGCGGUAGACUAACAGAAGAAGAAUGGGGUGAAAGCAGAGUAGGUUCUUUGAGCAAAAUGAGGGAAACCCCCGACGGUGCGCCCAUUAGUCCACAGUCAAGCCCUGUUGCGACUCCUAAGAAAACAGACUCCAUAGCAUUAGCUAUGGAUAUCAAUGAUGGCUCAAAGAGACCAACGUUAGGCCACACGGAGACCAAGUCGCUUGUAUCAGUUCUUUCUAGUCACAGCAGAGAUGUGGCACAAGAAAGCAAUGCCUUUGAAGCAAUGGGAGAAAAGCAGGCGACUAUGAAGACAGAGGCUGACUCGGAAAGAAGGAUGUCCGUUCUUAUGUCACCUGCCCCGUUCCACCGUCCCAGUGCUAUCUCAUCAAACGUCAUAUCGUCUGUUGAGAAACCAGCAAGAUUAGAACAGAUCUCUCGUACAUCGACCAACGUUAAACUUUCAAGAUCAUUUAUAUCGAAUCUUUCCACGGGACCAAAGGUGUCAAAGCUGUCUAUUGGAGAGUCAGAAACUGCACUGAUACCACGACUGUCGUUGUCGGAUACUACAAGGCUGAGUAUUGAAAGGGUAACUGCCUCUAGGCACAGCCUACUUUCCUCUGGCCCUCCUUCUGCUCCAAGUGCACCGGGACCUCCUCCAAAAGGACCACCAGGCCCUCCGUCUGCUCCAAGUGCUCCAGGCCCUCCUUCAGCUCCAAGUACAUCAGGCCCUCCUUCUUCUCCAAGUGCACCGGGACCUCCUCCAAAAGGACCACCAGGACCUCCUACUCCAAGUGCUCCAGGCCCUCCCCCUGCUCCAAGUGCUCAUGGCCCUCCUCCUGCUCCAAGUGCUCCAGGCCCUCCAUCUGCUCCAAGUGCUCCAGGCCCUCCUCCUGCUCCAAGUGCUCCAGGCCCUCCAUCUGCUCCAAGUGCUCCAGGCCCUCCUCCUGCUCCAAGUGCUCCAGGCCCUCCAUCUGCUCCAAGUGCUCCAGGCCCUCCCCCUGCUCCAAGUGCUCCGGGCCCUCCUUCUGCUCCAAGUGCUCCGGGCCCUCCUUCUACUCCAAGUGCUCCGGGCCCUCCUUCUGCUCCAAGUGCACCAGGACCUCCACCUGCUCCAAGUGCUCCGGGCCCUCCUUCUGCUCCAAGUACACCAGGCCCUCCUCCUGCUCCAAGUGCUCCGGGCCCUCCUCCUGCUCCAAGUGCUCCGGGCCCUCCUCCUGCUCCAAGUGCUCCGGGCCCUCCUUCUGCUCCAAGUGCUACGGGCCCUCCUUCUGCUCCAAGUGCUCCAGGACCUCCACCUCCCCCACCACUUCCACCCUGA